AUGGGGUGUGAAAAAGCUCGCCCGAAAUCGCUAGAUAAGUGAUAAUCGAUAAAGUAUCGACCAUCUCGCCGUCUCAUUUGGCUUCCUUUUCUCAUGCCUCAUGUCGAUUCUUGUCCGCUCCAGUACGGUUUCCUACCGUAAUCGGCCUAGUUUACAUUUGGUGCCGCAAACCUCGGCUUCUACGUCACGCUACAGUGAGAAUGUCUGUGAUUUUCAUUGGGAAAAAUUGAAAAUUUUUUUCUUUCUCAUGGAAUUUUCCAUUUUGAGGCCAUAGAAAUCGAGCCGGCAGAUGGGGACACUCGUUCGCUUAUGGACGUCGACGUUGAGGCGGGCAUCACGUCGUCUAGGUGAGAAAAUGAACUUUGCGCGUGAAAUUGCGUGUGUUGUGCAUACACCAGCUCUUGCACACUGCGUAUACUUUUUCACGCGCAAAAGAGUUUUCUUCCCUUUUUUUCAUUAAUUUUAACGGAUUUGAAGUUUUUUCUUUUCAAGAUGUCACCUAAUGCACAAUUUCGAGGAGGAGCGGCCCGUCUCCCUAGUUGCCUCAAUAAAAGAAAGCGCAAAAAGCUCCACUCGCAGGGCGUAAGUUCCAUUUUUUUUUCGUUCAAAAAUUGAUUUUUUUUUUUCAGUCGCCACUACUUAUCCUACAUUACCUCACCAUUGUCAAAGAUACUUAGCAGUAUGAAAUUGUUGAUUUUGAUCGCUAUUUAUUCCGUCCUAGGCGCUUAUUUAUUCAUGUAUCUCGAGGUAUAUUUAUAAUUUAAAAAAGACAAAAAAGAAUAUUUGAAGGUUCCGACUGAUCUCAAAAGCAAAGAAGAUGAUCUGAUAACGUGGAAGGUUGCGCGGGAGAAUUUAAUUUUGAAGUAAGUGUUUUUAGAUUCAAUUUGAAGAUAAAUUGAGGGAUUUUCGUGUUUUUUAUUGCUUUUAUUGCUCAAUGCAAUUUAUCACAGUUUUUGUUCAUUUUCAGUCUCCGUGCCAUUUACUUUGACAAUCGUGAAGACCGGGAAGAAAGAUGGAAAGACGCCAUUUUGCAAUUCGAGUCCGCCCAUAAUAUCGAAGAGCCCUCCGUUGAGUCGGCCUGGACCUUUUGGAUGUCUUUCCUUUACGCCGGCACGAUUUAUACUACUAUUGGUGAGAUAAUUGAUUAGAACUGAAUUUUAAGCUUUAAAACAGUUAUUGUAGAUUCAGUUCUAAUAAAAGAGGUCAUUUUACUUUUUGAUUGGAAUUUUCCUGAAAAUUGGUCAGAAUACUCCUUGAUUCAUCAGAAAAUAUUCCUGAAAGGAUUAACCACCACAAUUUUCUGAUUCUUGAGAAAAAGCCAAAAAUCACGAAGUUUCUUAAAAUCGUUCAUUUAUGGACCUCAUUUUUAUGUGUUUCAUGAAAUUUUGUGAGAUAUUGAUCAAUAUUAUCAAUUUCCUGGCCUUUAUUUAAAAGUUUUUCAUGGAAUUUUCGGAAAUUUUGCAUUGAAAAAAUUGAUUUAAAGAACAUUAUUUUACUGUUUCAUGGAAUUUUCGGGAAGGUUAGAACGAAAAUAUCGACUUUUCGAAUCUUGUUUGAACGUCUUUUAGUGAAUUUUAGGAGAUUUCGGAUUAAAAAUGUCGAUUUCCUGAGCCUUAUUUUACUGUUUCACGGAAUGUUCAGAAUAUUUAGAUCAAAAAUAUCGAUUUGCUGAAGCUGAGUUUUUAUGUGUUUCAUUGAAUUUUUAAAAAUUUAGAUCAAUAAUAUCGAUUUCCGUAACCCUAUUUUUAACGUGUUAUAUGGAAUUUUUAGGUGGUUUAUUAUCAAAAAAUAUCGAUUUUCAUGAACCUUAUUUCAAUGUGUUUCAUGGAAUUUUCGCAAAGUUUAGAUUAAAAAUAUCGAUUUUCCUGAACCUUAUUUUUAUGUGUUUCAUGGAUUUCUCGAGAAGGUUAUAAUUGAGAAUAUUGAUUUUCUGAAUCUUAUUUUUACUGUUUCAUGGAAUUUUUAGAAGAUUUCGAAAAACCUCAUUUCACUGUUUCACCUUCAUUUUACUGUUUCAAGAGAUUUUCAAAAUGUUUAGAUCGAAAAAUAUAUAUUCGCUGAAGCCUAGUUUUUUUGUGUUUUAUUGAAUAUCCGAAUCAUUUAAAUCAAUAAUAUCGAUACCACUUCAGUAUAUUUUUCAUAGGCUAUGGAAACAUCGCUUGCAAAACUCUGGGCGGACGAAUCGCGACGAUGAUCUACGCGUUCGUGGGUAUCCCGAUAAUGCUCGUCAUGUUGACGUCGUUGAACAAUUUCCUCCUGAAAUGGAUCCGGAUCAUCUCCAAUUUCACCAGCGAUCUGGUUCUGUACAUUGGUGAAUAUUAGGCCUUUCGUUUUCAGUUUGAUGAUUUUUUUGAGAAGUCAUUUUGAAAUGAGUCUAAUCGAAGGUACAGCUACAUUUAGGGUAAAAUAAGAAAAAUACUAGGGAGUCCAGAGGGGUCCCUUUUGGGGCGACGUUAGCGGUUCUAGUCUCCCCUCUAGGGGUCCAAAAUAAUGAAAAUCCUAGGGAGACCAGAGUGGUCCCUUUAGGGUACAUCUCAGCGAUUUUUGAAGGCUCCCUCUAGGGGUUUAAAAUAAUGAAUACUUUAGGGAGUCCAAAGGGGUCCCUUUAGGGACAUCUCAGCGAUUUUUUUGAAGGCUCCCUCUAGGGGUUUAAAAUAAUGAAUACUUUAGGGAGUCCAAAGUGGUUCCUUUAGGGGCCAUCUUAGCGGUUCUAGGCUCCCCUCUAGGGACCAAUGAAGCUUGCAAUGGUGGCCCCCAUAUUGAUUAAUUUUUAAAAGACCCUGUAGGGUUCACUUGGGUUUUAGAAUGUGAGGGGUCAAAUCCUGAAUCCCUAUAGAGGCCACUUAAAUUUCACGCCUAUAAGAAGCACUUUUUGUCUCUCCUAAACCCUAUAGGGGCCACUCUGCUGUUCCCAAGAAAUUCAGGUUCAAUAUUGAACUUUUAUGGUUCUCAAGCUUAAGCUCCGCCCCUAAUGACGCGAUGAACCAAUUAGAGAGCGAGCCAUCCAAAGAGCCUUCUCCAAUGACGACAUUUUACUUGGCAUUCAAAAUCUGAAUAAACAAAUAAUUGAUUUUUUCCACGGAAUUUGCGAUCUCUAUCUUGAAUAUAGUUGUUUUCAUAUCCAUAUAUUAUAUUUUCAUGACUCUUGACUUUUCAAAUGUACGUUUUCAGGUGUUAAAAGCGGUUUCGUAACUCUACAGCAAGGGUCCAAAGAGAGGUUACGCUACCAGAUUAUUUGCCGGAAGUUACACCGGGCGGGGCUCAUCAAGAGCUUCUCGAUCAGUGCCUUGGUAAGGGAUUGGGUGUACUGGGAAAAGCUGAAGUGGGUCCUGAAGGGAUUUUAGAGGUUUUGGGGGACCUUUAGGGGGCGCAGAAGGGCAGGACCCACUGGCACCUCCGUAGGGUGGUUCUUUUCCCUACAGGGCCCACUUAUACCCCGUAGAAUGUUCUUUUCCCUAUAGGGCCCACUUAGACCUCCGUAGGGUGGUUCUUUUCCCUAUAGGGCCCACUUAGACCUCCGUAGGGUGGUUCUUUUUUCUACAUUACCCACUUAGGAGUUCUUUUCUCUACAAGAACAACUGAUACCUCUUUAGGAGUUUCUUUUCUCUAUAGGGCCCACUUAGACCUCCGUAAGGUGGUUCUUACCCCCCUCCACAGGACCCAUUUAUACCUUUGUACAAGGAUUGUAUUCCCUACAGGACCCAAUUGUACCUCUUUAGAGUGGCUCCUCUUCCUACAGGACCCAUCUAUACCUCCGUAGGGGGUUCUUUUCCCAACAGGACCCACCCAUACCUCCUUAGGGGGUUCUUUUUUCUACAGUACCCACUUAGGGGUUCUUUUCCCUACAAGAACAACUGAUACCUCUGUAGGCGGGUUUAUUCCCCUACAAGACCCACUACGCUUCCGUGGGUUCGUUCUUAUUCCUUUUUGGGCCCACUUAUGCCUCUGUAAAGGGGUUAUUUUCCCUCCAGGGCCCACUUAGACAUCUGUAAAGGCCCACAGGCCCCACUCAAGCUUUUCCCAGAAACUCACUACUUCUGAUAGUUUGAAAACUCCGAGAAAAGACUAGAAAUUAAUUAUUGAAGUUCAAUUUUUCCAGACUCCGAUAGACGACAAGAAAUCGCCUAAUUUUGAAGAGCCCCAUGAAGCUGAGCCACCGCCGGAUCCUCCGAUCUUAUCAACCCUUUUCAGUUUUUAAAAAAUUCAAUUUAAUGACCAUCGAUUUUUUCCAGUCACUGUCGGCUGGAUAAUGCUGUCGGCGGCGGUGUUUUGCCUCUUCGAAAGCUGGGAUUAUUUCACUAGCUUUUAUUUUUGCUUCAUCUCUUUGAGUACUAUCGGUGGGCUUCUGAUUGAUUUUUGGGGCUUUUUUUUGAGAUUUAGACCUUGAAAAAUUGUGAUUUUCAAAGUCACUUUGUGGUUGGGAAGUUCCUGGAACACGGCCAGAAAAAAAUUCUAGACGAUUCUUGAAAAGGGCUCAAAGUCUCAAUAUAACUGUUUUUAGCCUCGAUUAAGGGCUCAAAGUCUCAAAAUAACCCAUUCUAGCCUCGAAUAAUGGCUCAAAGUCUCUAUAAACCCUUUUUAGCCUCGAAUAAUGGCUCAAAUUUUCAAUAUAACCUUUUUAGCCUUGUAAAAGGGCUCAAAGUCUCAAAUUAACUUUUUUUUAGUCUCGAAUAAGGGCUCAAAAGUCUCAAUAUAACCCUUUUUAGCCUCGAAUAAGGGUUCAAAUUUUCAAUAUAUCCUUUUUUAGCCUCGAAUAAGGGCUCAAAGUCUCAAAAUAGCCUCUUUUAGCAACGAAUAAGGGCUCAAGCUCUCAAUAUAACCUUUUUGGCCCCGAAUAAGGGUUCAAAUUUUCAAUAUAUCUUUUUUUAGCCUCGAAUAAGGGCUCAAAGUCUCAAAAUAGCCUCUUUUAGCAACGAAUAAGGGCUCAAGCUCUCAAUAUAACCUUUUUGGCCCCGAAUAAGGGUUCAAAUUUUCAAUAUAUCCUUUUUUAGCCUCGAAUAAGGGCUCAAAGUCUCAAAAUAGCCUCUUUUAGCAACGAAUAAGGGCUCAAGCUCUCAAUAUAACCUUUUUGGCCCCGAAUAAGGGUUCAAAUUUUCAAUAUAUCUUUUUUUAGCCUCGAAUAAGGGCUCAAAGUCUCAAAAUAGCCUCUUUUAGCAACGAAUAAGGGCUCAAGCUCUCAAUAUAACCUUUUUGGCCCCGAAUAAGGGCUCAAGGUCUCAAUAUUACCGUUUUUAGCCUCGAAUAAUGGCUCAAUUUCUAAAUAUAUUCUUUUUAGCCUCGAAUAAUGGCUCAAGGUCUCAGUAUAGCCUCGAAUAAGGGCCCAAAGCCUCAAUAUAACCCUUUUUAUCCUUGAAUAAUGGCUCAAGGUUUCAAAAGAACCUUUUCUGGCCUUGAAUAAUGGCUCAAAAUCUCUUUUUUAGCCACGAAUAAUGGCUCAAAAACUGAAUAGAACCCAUUUUAAGGAAUUUUGGGGUUUUCUUUGACCCUGAGGUGUCCUUUUUCAAGAAAUAGGAAUUUUCACGGAUUUAGACUCUCAGAAGUCUUCUGAAUAAUUUUUGAGAAAAUAAGGAAAUGACCCUCAUUUUUGGCCCCAAAACUGAUAUUGGUCGAACUUUUAGGCCUCGGCGAUGUGACCCCGGAUAACCCUCAAUACAUGAUCGCCACAUUUGGCGUGGUGAUCGUCGGAUUGUCCAUGUUGACCGUCUGUAUCGACGUCGUCAAGGAGAAGCUCGCCUUGAUGUACAUGGCCCUUCUGGAGAAGCUCCUCAAUGUUCGUUUUCUACGGGAUUUUUUCUUGAAAAAUUUUUUUUCCUAUUCUAAAGUAAAGUUUGAUUGGAAGCAGAGGUGGGAGGCUUUUUUCGAUAUGACUUAUUAGAAAUUUUCCUUGAUAUAUCAUUUAUUUUUCACAGUCCAAUCGUCUGCCCCCCUAAACAGUGGAAAAAAAUAACACCUGAACAGAAAAAAAUACAUAACUGGCAUCUUUUAAAAAUUUAAAAAUGGAUAUAUUAUUUUUACUGAGUUAGUGUUCCGCACAAAAUAAGAUUUUUCAAAUUUUGCAAUUUAAAAAAAUUUAGCUCCGCCCAUUUCUCAUUGCAUUUUGUAGCGAAAAAUUUCAUGAAUUCCUGAUUUUUUUCCUUUUCAAAUUUCUCUUCAAAUUAAAAAUAUGCUUUUUUUCUUCAAAUCUUGUGUUUUUCAUGUUUGAAAGGUUUAAUUUGAUUUUUAACCAUGAAUAUAGUACCACUGGUUUGAAAAAAAAAAACGAUUUUUUGAAGCAAUUUAUCAAUUUCCAAGUGAGGAAGUUUCAUUUCAAAAGUGAGAAAAAGAGCAGAAUUUUUUGAUAAUCGAGCUUUUUCUCAGUAUUUUCUGUCAUUUUCCAGGAUUACAUGGAAGCCGUCAGUUCUGGAGACCCUAAUGCGACGUCGGAAAUGAUGUCCGGAUUCCAGGACAAGGCCAAGUUUCUCAUGCCCCUCAUUAGGUCCCCAUUUCCCCACAUCUUUCGAUCAAUAUUGAUCCAAUUUUCAGCAAGGAGCAAGGGGCCAAAGUCAUGAACAAGUUCAAGGAAGACUGCACGAAAAAGGUCAAUUUUUCUAGAUUUUUCGAAGUGAUCAAUAAAGGGAUAUUUUCCAGGGAAUCGACCCUCCCCCUGUCCUCACCAAUAUCAACCCAGAAACCGGGAUGCCGGCCUUUGCGACCGCCGAAAAAGACGAAUUCAGGGAUUACAUCGAAGUGGUUCGUUUUGGUGUGCUUAGGAACCCCAGAGUGGUCCCUAUAGGGGCCCAAAAGUGGUCCCUAUAGGGGUAAAAUCAAGGUGGUCUCUAUAGGUUUAGGAUCUGACUACUUAGCCCUUGAAGCUUGAAUGGUCCCUACAGGGAUUUAAGGGAAAAACGGCCUCUAGAGGGGCCGAAAAGUGGUCCCUAUAGGGGUGAAGUCAAGGGCUCUCUCGAAAGGUUUAGGAUCUGACUACUUAGCCCCUGAAGCUUGAGUGGUCCCUACAGGGUUUAGGGGAAAAAACAGUUUCUAGAGGGGCCGAAAAGUGGUCCAUAUAGGGGUGAAAUCAAGAUGGUCUCUAAAGGUUUAGGAUCUGACUACUUAGCCCUUGAAGCUUGAAUGGUCCCUACAGGGAUUUAAGGGAAAAACGGCCUCUAGAGGGGCCGAAAAGUGGUCCCUAUAGGGGUGAAGUCAAGGGCUCUCUCGAAAGGUUUAGGAUCUGACUACUUAGCCCUUGAAGCUUGAAUGGUCCCUACAGGGAUUUAAGGGAAAAACGGCCUCUAGAGGGGCCGAAAAGUGGUCCCUAUAGGGGUGAAAAUCAAGGUGGUCUCUCGAAAGGUUUAGGAUCUGACUACUUAGCCCUUGAAGCUUGAAUGGUCCCUACAGGGAUUUAAGGGAAAAACGGCCUCUAGAGGGGCCGAAAAGUGGUCCCUAUAGGGGUGAAGUCAAGGGCUCUCUCGAAAGGUUUAGGAUCUGACUACUUAGCCCCUGAAGCUUGAGUGGUCCCUACAGGGUUUAGGGGAAAAAACAGUUUCUAGAGGGGCCGAAAAGUGGUCCAUAUAGGGGUGAAAUCAAGAUGGUCUCUAUAGGUUUAGGAUCUGACUACUUAGCCCUUGAAGCUUGAAUGGUCCCUACAGGGAUUUAAGGGAAAAACGGCCUCUAGAGGGGCCGAAAAGUGGUCCCUAUAGGGGUGAAAGUCAAGGUGGCUCUCUGAAAGGUUUAGGAUCUGACUACUUAGCCCUUGAAGCUUGAAUGGUCCCUACAGGGAUUUAAGGGAAAAAAACGGCCUCUAGAGGGGCCGAAAAGUGGUCCCUAUAGGGGUGAAGUCAAGGGCUCUCUCGAAAGGUUUUAGGAUCUGACUACUUAGCCCCUGAAGCUUGAGUGGUCCCUACAGGGUUUAGGGGAAAAACAGUUUCUAGAGGGGCCGAAAAAGUGGUCCAUAUAGGGGUGAAAUCAAGAUGGUCUCUAAAGGUUUAGGAUCUGACUACUUAGCCCUUGAAGCUUGAAUGGUCCCUACAGGGUUUAGGGGAAAAAACAGUUUCUAGAGGGGCCGAAAAGUGGUCCAUAUAGGGGUGAAAUCAAGAUGGUCUCUAUAGGUUUAGGAUCUGACUACUUAGACCCUUGAAGCUUGAAUGGUCCCUACAGGGAUUUAAGGGAAAAACGGCCUCUAGAGGGGCCGAAAAGUGGUCCCUAUAGGGGUAAAAUCAAGGUGGUCUCUAUAGGUUUAGGAUCUGACUACUUAGCCCUGAAGCUUGAAUGGUCCCUACAGGUUUAGGGGAAAAACAGUUUCUAGAGGGGCCGAAAAGUGGUCCAUAUAGGGGUGAAAUCAAGAUGGUCUCUAGGUUUAGGAUCUGACUACUUAGACCUUGAAGCUUGAGAUGGUCCCUACAGGGAUUUAGGGAAAAACGGCCUCUAGAGGGGCCGAAAAGUGAGUCCCCUAUAGGGGUAAAAUCAAGGUGGUCUCUAUAGGUUUAGGAUCUGACUACUUAGCCCUUGAAGCUUGAAUGGUCCCUACAGGGAUUUAAGGGAAAAACGGCCUCUAGAGGGGCCGAAAAGUGGUCCCUAUAGGGGUAAAAUCAAGGUGGUCUCUAUAGGUUUAGGAUCUGACUACUUAGACCUUGAAGCUUGAAUGGUCCCUACAGGGAUUUAAGGGAAAAACGGCCUCUAGAGGGGCCGAAAAAGUGGUCCCUAUAGGGGUAAAAAUCAAGGUGGUCUCUAUAGGUUUAGGGAUCUGACUACUUAGCCCCUUGAAGCUUGAAUGGUCCCUACAGGGAUUUAAGGGAAAAACAGCCUCUAGAGGGGCCGAAAAGUGGUCCCAUAUAGGGGUGAAAUCAAGAUGGUCUCUAUAGGUUUAGGGAUCUGACUACAUAGCCCUUGGAAGCUUGAAUGGUCCCUACAGGGAUUUAAGGGAAAAACGGCCUCUAGAGGGGGCCGAAAAGUGGUCCCUAUAGGGGUAAAAAUCAAGGUGGUCUCUAUAGGUUUAGGAUCUGACUACUUAGCCCUUGAAGCUUGAAUGGUCCCUACAGGAUUUAAGGGAAAAACGGCCUCUAGAGGGGCCGAAAAGUGGUCCCUAUAGGGGGUGAAGUCAAGGGCUCUCUCGAAAGGUUUAGGAUCUGACUACUUAGCCCCUGAAGCUUGAGUGGUCCCUACAGGGUUUAGGGGAAAAAAACAGUUUCUAGAGGGGCCGAAAAAAGUGGUCCAUAUGGGGGUGAAAUCAAGAUGGUCUCUAUAGGUUUAGGAUCUGACUACUUAGCCCUUGAAGCUUGAAUGGUCCCUACAGGGUUUAGGGGAAAAAACAGUUUCUAGAGGGGCCGAAAAGUGGUCCAUAUAGGGGUGAAAUCAAGAUGGUCUCUAUAGGUUUAGGAUCUGACUACUUAGACCCUUGAAGCUUGAAUGGUCCCUACAGGGAUUUUAAGGGAAAAACGGCCUCUAGAGGGGCCGAAAAAGUGAGUCCCUAUAGGGGUGAAGUCAAGGGCUCUCUCGAAAGGUUUAGGAUCUGACUACUUAGCCCCUGAAGCUUGAGUGGUCCCUACAGGGUUUAGGGGAAAAACAGUUUCUAGAGGGGCCGAAAAAGUGGUCCAUAUAGGGGUGAAAAUCAAGAUGGUCUCUAUAGGUUUAGGAUCUGACUACUUAGCCCUUGAAGCUUGAAUGGUCCCUACAGGGAUUUAAGGGAAAAAAACGGCCUCUAGAGGGGCCGAAAAAGUGGUCCCUAUAGGGGUGAAGUCAAGGGCUCUCUCGAAAGGUUUAGGAUCUGACUACUUAGCCCCUGAAGCUUGAGUGGUCCCUACAGGGUUUAGGGGAAAAAACAGUUUCUAGAGGGGCCGAAAAGUGGUCCCUAUAGGGGUGAAGUCAAGGGCUCUCUCGAAAGGUUUAGGAUCUGACUACUUAGCCCCUGAAGCUUGAGUGGUCCCUACAGGGUUUAGGGGAAAAAACAGUUUCUAGAGGGGCCGAAAAGUGGUCCAUAUAGGGGUGAAAUCAAGAUGGUCUCUAUAGGUUUAGGAUCUGACUACUUAGCCCUUGAAGCUUGAAUGGUCCCUACAGGGAUUUAAGGGAAAAACGGCCUCUAGAGGGGCCGAAAAGUGGUCCCUAUAGGGGUGAAGUCAAGGGCUCUCUCGAAAGGUUUAGGAUCUGACUACUUAGCCCCUGAAGCUUGAGUGGUCCCUACAGGGUUUAGGGGAAAAAACAGUUUCUAGAGGGGCCGAAAAGUGGUCCAUAUAGGGGUGAAAAUCAAGAUGGUCUCUAAAGGUUUAGGAUCUGACUACUUAGCCCUUGAAGCUUGAAUGGUCCCUACAGGGAUUUAAGGGAAAAAAACGGCCUCUAGAGGGGCCGAAAAAGUGGUCCCUAUAGGGGGUGAAGUCAAGGGCUCUCUCGAAAGGUUUAGGAUCUGACUACUUAGCCCCUGAAGCUUGAGUGGUCCCUACAGGGUUUAGGGGAAAAAACAGUUUCUAGAGGGGCCGAAAAGUGGUCCAUAUAGGGGUGAAAUCAAGAUGGUCUCUAUAGGUUUAGGAUCUGACUACUUAGCCCUUGAAGCUUGAAUGGUCCCCAUAGGGGUGAAAUCAUAGGCUCUCUAGAGAGGCUUAGGGUCCGAUCCGGAAGCUCCUAAAGCUCAAGUGGUCCCUAGAGGAAGGUGAAGUGGUCCCUACAGUGGAACCUUUUAAGGACCCCUAAGUUUACCCAAAUUGGGGCCACUUUUGCAAGCUUAUGUGGGCUCUAUAGGAGGAGGUCCCAAGAGGGAAACCUUCAAAUAUUCAUAAGGUUGCCCCUAUAGGGACCGCUCUUGAAUUUCUGAGGGAGCCAUCACUUUAGGCGAUUUAAGGAGAAAUGCAAAAAUUUGCGAGGAUUUUUUCAUCCCUAGCAAGGUAAAGUUUAAAACAAAGAUUUUUAUUCAAAAUUUUUAACUAGCUUGAUUGUAGUUUUUGGUAGCUUCUAAGUCCCAAUUUUUAUUGAAAUUAAUUUGUUUCCCUCUCUGCACUUAUGUUCCUUGGUCAAGAUUUUAUUAUUAUUAUUUUUGAAACGUAUAUCAACAGACUAUGACUAACGUAAUAGCUGUUCGAAUAUCCGAUGAAGGCCGAUGAGAAGAAUGAGAGACGGAGUGUGACCCCGGAACCGGUGAAACGGCCGGUCAUGAUCACCAAAACCACUUUGACCGAUUUCGAGGUUUUUCGAGGUGGUUAUUCCUGAAAUUUUACAUGUUUCAAGGAACCCCCGCCGUCACCCAGGAAGCCUUCCGUGUCGAUUGGAGAAACACAGGUGAGAAAUAAGAUUCUUUGAAGGGGGGUUUACCGCGGCUCUACCGAUUUUAUUCCUCGGGAGAUAAUUUUGAAGCCCCGGGGAAAUAUAAAAAAAUUAUAGAGAUUCGAAAAAUUCUUAAAAUUUUUGAUCUUUAUGAUCUUCAAAUGUACAUUUUUACAGUUAUGAGUCGCAAAUUUUCAGAAUUUGCUUUUUCAAUCUUACUAACCCCCCAAAAAAUUAUAUAAGUUUGAAAAAUUCUCAAAAAUUUGAUCUUUAUGAUCUCCAAAUGCACAUGUUUUUACGUUAUGAGUCGCAAAUUUUCAGGAAUUUUUAAAAAAUCUCGCUAGGAAACUUUUUGACUUUCCCCGCUUGAAUUUUUUUGAUGAAAACUUUGCUGAAGUGUAGUUUAGGCAAGUUAUAAAAGAAGUUUUGAAAAUGAGGUGGGGGAGGGGGAAUUUAAAAAUGGGGGGUUCCAAAUUUCAAAAGAGGGGGGUAACAAAUUUCAAAAAUCGGGAAAGGGGGUUACAAUUUUUCAAAAUGGGGGGCGGGGGUUACAAAUUUCAAAAUGGGGGUAACAAUUUUUCAAAAAGAGGGGGAGGGGGUAAAAAAACGUUUCCCAGUCAGAGUACCUUUUCAAAUGACUUGGAUAAUUUUUUUUUUUUUUUCCUGCAAAAAAAUUGUUUUCAGUUCUAACUGUUCAAUUUUUUUCUAUCUCCCAGACCGUAACCCCGCACGAAAUCGUGGCGAUGUUCUCCUUCUCGACGCAAGCCACGCCUCCAAACUCGCAGCAAGCGAUGCAGACGGACACGGCCGAGUUUUCCGACUCCGGUUUCCAAACGGACGGCUCGGAAAGUUCCGACGAAGGAAUCCAGACUGAUGUGGCUGAGAGCAGUGAUGAGGGCGUUCAGGUAGGGUUUUUAGCGGUAGAGCACUUUUUACUGGGAGAAAUGGCCUUUAAGUUGGAAAAAUUAUUUCAACUGAUCCUUGAGAAGGAAAAUCAGUGAUGAGGGCGUUCAGGUAGGGUUAUUAGCGGUAGGGCACACUUUACUGAGAAAAAUAGCCUUUUAGGCGGGAAAAAAUUAUUUUACCUGUUUCUGAGAACGAAUUUGGCUACUAUGACAGUUAUAUUUCACAUUUUUCAAAAGUAAGAUCCACUUGGGGAUCCAGAGUGGCCCCUAUAGGGUUUCGGGGAAAAACAGCUCUUAUAGGGGACGAAAAAGUGGUCCCUAUAGGUGUUUAGGGUCUGACGCCUUAGCCCCUCAAGCUCAAGGGGCCCCUAUAGGGUUAAGGGGGGAAUAACAGCUCCUAUAGGAGAUAAAAAAGUGGUCCCUAUAGGGGUUUAGGGUCUGAGUCCUCAUCCCCUAAAGCUCGAGUGGUCCCUCUAGGGCUUAAAAGGAAAACAGGUCCCAAAGGGGUCAAAAAUUCGUCCCUAUUGGGCCCUUUUAAUUUUUUAAAAAAGAUUAUUUUGAUCGAUUCAACCUCUGUUGUAUUAUUUUCAUUGGAAUAACGGUAUUUUAUUGAGACUCUCAAAUUUUUUCUCCUUGUUAACUUGGAAAAAUUAAAGUGGCCACUACAGUGGUCGAACUAGUGGACACUUAAGUGGUAAUAGUUCAGUGGCCUCUUUAGGAGUCGAAGCGGUACUAACAGACCCCUAAAAACUACUAUAGUGGUCACUAAGACGCGAAAUGGUGGCUUCUGUAGAGGUGGUUCUAGUGGUCAUUUUAGGGUCCUUUCCAAGUAGUUUUUGGAGAAUCUCUUAAGUAGCCACUUGAAUUUUUUUUAGCAGCGUUUUCAAAGGAGAAAAAAUGAUUAAGAUUUGGAAGGUUUUUGAAAUAAGGAUUUUAGAGUUUGAUAGUGCUUAAAAAUCAGCCUUUUGGGGUUUUUUUUCCAGUCCUAACCGUAAUGAUAGUUUUUUCAGCUCUAACGGAUUUUUUGAAAAUAUCAAGGCUCAAUAAUCAGUUUCAUUCCAAUAAUAAGCCUCUAGAAACGAUUCCAAUUCAAUUUUGCAGGUUCGAUUCCUCGGCUCGGACAUUUCAAUCCAAUUCGACACCCCAGACGUUCCGGAAGUCCCCAAAGAGACGUUAUCCCAGGCCGUCCAGUGCACCUAUGUGUACGUUGGAGCGAACUUUCCUGGAGGAUCUGAUUUUUAAGGCAAAAGACGGCUGGCAUCCAGCCGGAAGUCUCUUCGAUCUACUUUGCUGACGACAUUGAAACUGACAGCCUGAUUUCGGAAGAAAGCGAAGAGAGCGAAGAUUUCUUGGACAUCGAAGAGGAAGAAGAAGAGGUACAGCUUGUGAAAAAAAAUCGAUUGAUGGAAUUUUCAUGGGCCUGAGGCUCAACUUUUUUGCUAAUCGCGCUCCAUUGAUAAUCUCUGCAAUCAAUACUGCCUAAUUCAAGAAAUAAAAAUAAAGGCGAAUUUUAACUCUUCUCCGACUUUUUCAUUAAAAAAAGUAGAAGUUUGAAAAAGUAAAAAAAAAUAUUUGAGGUAAUUGCGCUCCAUUGACAAUCUAUGAAAUCAUCAUGACUUUAAGAAAAAAAAGUUAAAAAAUGGUCAAAGUCUGGCAUUUUUGAAUGUUCUCAUGACGACUAAAAAAAUAAGACUCUGAAUAAGUAAAAAAUAUUCGAGGCUCUAAUUUUUCUCCUAAGUGCGCUCCAUUGACAAACAAUUUUUAAAAAAGUCCAAAUUCAACUUUUUGACUAUUAUCAUAAGGUCCAAACAAAAUUUUAAAAAAAUUUUGAGGCUCUCAUCUUUCUCCUAAGUGCGCUCCAUUGACAAUCUUUGAAAAAAAUAUACUGUAGCGGAAAAAGCUGUCCGAAAAUCGCUGCAAUGAUGAUUCUUAUAAUUUUCGUAUUUUUCAGACCCCCGAAGUCCAACUCGCCUCGCUGCCAGAAGCCGUCCAACGUCAAGAAGCCAUUCCCCUUGGAAAAAUGCCGCCCAUCGAAAUAACGCCCGAAUCUGACGCCGAACUGCAAAGAACGACGUCUUCUGGCCUUCCCGAUGACCUGCCACCUGACUCGGAACAUCUCCUGUCGGCACGGAACCCACUCGUCAAGUCGGUGUCCGUGGAGUCCCAGGAGACGGUCAUCAACGUUCCGGCGAGGAAGAAGAGAAAGUUGACGCCGGCGGAGAAGGAGAAGAAGCGCGAAGAGAGGGAGAAGCGACGGGCGGAUCGAGAAGCCAGAAGAGAGGCCCGCAGAAUGGCGAGAGGGCUUCGGUUCAUGAAGAACAGUGGGGAUCAGGUAGGGUUUGGGCUGGAAAAAAAAAAACAGGCAUUUUCCCACUACCAAAAUUCCUUGAACCUCUUAGUUGGGUCGAGGCGGGGAUCAAACUUGUGACCCUUUGGACCGUAGACAGGCACACAACCCGUUGCGCUACGGUGAGACCCGAGCUGAUUGAUUCUUCCUAUGCCUUCUGUACCGCUUGAGCGGCUUCGGCUCCCUAUAGUCCUGAUCAGUGAACUGUCAUAUCCGACCUUGUGGGACGGCUGGGGAUUUUUGAAGUCCUGGUUUCCCACUACCUUGGUUGGGUCGAGGCGGGGAUCGAACUUGUGACCCUGUGGACCGUAGACAGGCCCACAACCUGUUGCGCUACGGCGAGACCCAAGCUGAUUGAUUUUAGGUCCUCAUGAAAGCUUUUCUAUAAUCCUUUUUUUGACAGCCAUGGGAAACAGUCUGGAUUGGAAGCUGAAGGAAAUUUUUACUAGGGGCCCUUGAAAAUUGAAAUUAUUUCGAAACUUCAGAGAACGGCUCCUUCAUGAAGUCAUUUUUAAUGGAAAGCUCUCGAUUCGACUUUUCCGUAGCUUGAAUUUUCAGCAGUUUAUUCGAACCCUGAAUUUUAUGUAUCAUCAGAAUCUAGGAAGCGCGAUUUAAGCAUGCAAACACCUUCAUUUUUAAUCCUGGCAAUGGUUUUUUUUUUAAGCUAGUCAUUUUAGGUCGUUACUUCACCGUAUAAGAUAGGGAUCAUGGUACUUUUAACCGUAUAAAAUAAGGGUUUAUGGUACUUUUGACCGUAUAAGUUUGGGUAUAUGGUACUUCUAACCGCUAAAGUUAGAGAUUACGGUGCUUUUAACCGUAUAACAUGAGGAUUAUGGUACUUUCAACAGGACAAUAUAGGGAUUAUAAUACUUCUGACCGUAUUAGAUAAUGGUUAUGGUACUUUUAACAGUAUAAUAAAGAGAUUAUAAUACUUUCAACCGUAAAAGAUAGGCAUUACGGUACUUUCAACCGUAUAUGGUAGGAUUAUGGUACUUUUUACCGUAUAACAUGAGGAUUACGGUACUUCUAACACUUUAAGAUGAAGAUUAUGGUUUUUUUAACCGCUUAAAUUAAAGAUUAUGGUACUUUUAACCUUAUAUUAUAGGGGUAAAGGUACUUCUAACCACGGAAUUUAGAGAUUACGGUACUUUUAACCGUAUAACAUGAGGAUUAUGGUGCUUUCAACAGUACAAGAUAGGGAUUAUGGUACUUCUGACCGUUGAAGAUAGGGAUUACGGUAUUAUAUCGUAUUAGAUAAGGGUUACGGUACUUUUAGCCGUAUUAGAUUAGGGUUACGGUACUUUUAACCGUAUAACAUGAGGAUUAUGGUACUUUUAACAUUACAAGAUAGGGAUUAUGGUACUUCUGACCGUAUUAGAUAAGGGUUAUGGUACUUUCAACCGUAUAAGAAAUAUAUUAUGGUACUUUCAACCGUAUAAGAUAGGCAUUACGGUACUUUCAACCGUUUAUGGUAGGGAUUAUGGUACUUUUUACCGUAUAUGGUAGGGAUUAGGGUACUUUUUACCGUAUAACAUGAGGAUUACGGUACUUUCAACAGUACAAGAUAGGGAUUAUGGUACUUUACCGUAAUAGAAGCGUAACGGUACUUUUACCCGUAUAUGGUAGGGAUUAAGGUACUUUCAACCGUAUAAGGUAGAGAUUAUGGUGCUUUCAACUGUGUAAGAUGGAGACAAUAGUACUUUCAACCGUAUAUGGUAGGGAUUAUGGUACUUUUUGCCGUAUAAAAUGAAGAUUAUGGUAAUUUACCCCUUUGACCCAUCCUGUUUUCUCUAAAAUCAAAAAACCUCAGUAAAUCUUAUUUUACAGACAAACUUCGAAAUGGCCGAGGCUGGCUCGCAGUACGAGACUUCUACGUCAGAAACUGCCGUUCAAUACGAAGUAUUCACAGCGGAGGUCAUUUUUCCAGCUUCAAAGUGAAAUUUGAACUUCUGGCAUGUUUUAGACCAGCUCUCAGUAUGAUCGCAUCGAAACCCGUGGUAUGCGGUCACAAACCAAGCUCUCUGGGUAUCUUUGUCCCUUUUAAAACGGGAAAAUGUUGCUUUUCCAGGGCGAGCAAGGCUCAGCUGGGCGAUGCUCAGGAGAAGAGAAGAAGACGUCAUCUGCGGAGAAGGCCCACUGAAUCAGUGGAAACCGGCGAAAGUGGUCCUGAUACGGAUUUCGAACGGCAGGAAUCGAUCUCGGAGGAGGUGAGAGUAAAAUCAAGAAUCUCCCCCUAGUCUGAACAGCUGCCCCCAGCCAAAUUUUUGAGUGCGGGGGUUGGGGGUGAAAUCAAACAGUUCUCGUUGGUUGAGGCAAUUCCAUAUUCUAGUUCAAAGUAGGGGGGCUAUUUCAGAAUUCCUGCCAAUAUUUUAGAAUUGCCUCUCCCCCACGUUCCAGAAAUCCAGAAAAGGAUCGUCAUCUAGCCAGCUCUCAUCCCCCCCCGCCAAGCCAAAUUUUGACUGGUGAAAGGGGGAGGGCGAUCAAAGAACUUUUUGUGGGUUGGAGGAGGCUAUUCCUCAUUCUAGAACCGCCACGCACAUUGCAAAGUAGAAGGGGGGCGAUUUCGAAAAAGUCUGGCAAACUUCAAGAAUUUCCCCACAUUCUAGAAAAAGUCCCCCUCGUUCUAGAAUCUUCAAAAACAAUCUCAUCCUACAAUAUUUUCAUGAAAUGACGGCCAACUUUGAUUCGUUUUUUUCUUGGUCAUGGAACUCAGAAAAAAUUUUUUCACUGUCACUUUUUGAUGGAAAAAAACGUUUCAAUUUUACUGUCAAUCUGUAAGAGUUUCAGAAAAGUUUGAUCAGAAAAGUUGCUCCAAUGACGAUUUCCAGGUCAGCCUGAACUUGUCGGUGGUUUCAAAGGCUGUAGAUGAACAAGGGCGUCCAGUGAGACUUUCAAAAACGGCUGAGGAGCUGUCAGAACCUGAGGUCUUUAUUCAUCUGUAGAGAAAAAAUAUUCAAAAAAUUCAGAUCUCCGACGACGAGCUGGAGUCGUUCGCCGUGGAAUCUUCGGCACAGACCGACGUCAAAAAGUUCCAGGAUCAAUGGGUUUUUCGGAAAAUGAAGAUCAAGGAAACCUUCGAAUUUCAGCAAGAAGCGACACCGUCUACGUUGAACUUGCUGGCUGAUUGCCUCACUCAAACCUCUAUUAGGUAUUAGAAUCUGUAUUUUAUUCAAAAAUUGUGUUUUCAGUACGUUUCGGAAGCCAGAAGUUACUCAAAAAGAAGGAGUGGAUGUGGAAAAACCGACAGAAAAUCUGGAAAAAGCGGCCGAUGAAAAGAUAUCUUUCAUGAAGGAGAGCGGGGCCCAGACGAUAAAUACCUCGUUUUAUGAGGUUUUUUUUUGAAAUUCCGUCCUUGACCGCCGAGGUUAGAGAAAAAUGGAAACAGCAUGUCAAAAUGAGAGGGCGCAGAGAAGUCCCGCUCUUUGAAGUCGCAAAAAAGGGACUAUGAAAUUCUGAAAAAGAGGCUUAAAACGGUGAGAUUGGAAGAAGCCUUGGAAAAUAUACGAAUUUCUUAAGAAUUCCCUAUAGGGGGGAAAACAGCCUCUGUAGGGGUCGAAAAAGUGGUCCCUGUAGGGGUAAAAUCAAGGUGGUCCCUAUAAGAGUUUAGAGGGAAAAACAGCCUUUGUAGGGGUCGAAAAAGUGGCCCCUAGAGGGGUAAAAUCAAGGUGGUCCCUAUAGGACCCCCUUAGCAUCUUCAGCGGACCCUAUAGGGGUCUUACAAAUUUAUUAAAAACCGCUUAUUUAUUUACUUUUUUUCCCAUGGAAAUGCUUCAUAAGAAUUUCCGAACAACAUGUCUUUCAUAAAAAUUUUCGAUGAAGAAGUUCAAAAGUUCCUUUUUUCAUGUCAGUUUGAACAAAAAAUGGUCCUGACACGAAAAGAAAAGAAAUAGUGCCUAGCUGGUGGAGGGCACAGACAGGCCACGCCCCCUUAUUGCCCCAAGCUUUUAGAGUUCCAGAAAAAUAACCAAUUUAGGCCAAAAUCCCAUCACAAAGCACUGAGGACGAUCCCCAGGCGACUUCAAGCUCUGUAGAUGAAAACUUGCUAUUUUUGGUUGAUGGCACCACUCAGGUGAGCUAGAAUGAGCAAUGAUCACGAAUAGAGAGCUAUGAACAGACCAACGUGGAGUAUAAAACUACGAAGAUCGAAACGGAAGGCCUAGGAUCGACCAGCACGAAUGUUCAAGUCGGAUCUGGUAGGAGAAGUUCUGAAAAAUUCAGAUUGAUUAGAUUAAGCUGGCCGAGAGACAGACACGCAGACGGACACGCAAGAGCGCGUGAUGCGAGGGACGCAGACGGCGAAAGACGCCAAAGACAGCGAGAAUCAGACCGAGGAGAAGCGCGGCAAAGAAGUAGAUUUGAAAAUGAUCAACUACAACAAGAAUAGCUUGAAAAAAGGUCGAGAUCCAAACUACCGGCGUGAGGAAAUGGGAGAAGCCGAGCCAGACGGAAGAUCUGAAGGAGAUUUCCAUCCGAGAAGUGCAGACGGAAGACCUCAGGGACCAUCUCCUGGACGCUGUGAGCUUGACGUCGGUGUUGCUCAAGUUUCAAGCGAUUCCCAGGAAGUUCAAGCUCUGAGCGAGGUCGUGGAGGCUGGCGUCGACGCGACGUCGUCGUCGAGGUCUACUCAGAUUCAGUCGGAAGUCUCGAUGUUCGUCGUCGAUGAGAUGGUGGGCAGUAGCCUAAUCCGAAGAUGCUUUUCUUGAAGGAUCGCACCAGAAUGGAAGUCGUCCACGACGUCAGGUUCAACGUCGACAGCUCCACGCAGUAUGACGCCGCGGCGAUAGCCAGCUCCUGCACUCAGGUAAACAUUGGCCGCAUUUGGAAUGACUAGAAGCUGUGUUUUUUGCGUUGUUUGCUUUCUUGAAAAGCGGUUCAUAAGCAGCUUUGAAGUUCAAAGGCUCAAGAUUACAAGGCCGCGUUUGGAAUGGCUAGAAGCGUCGCGUUGCGUUUUUUGAAAGCAAUAUGUGUUUCGUGCCUUUUUGAAGUGGGAUUCACAAGCGGCUUCGAGAUUCAAGGGCUCAAAAUGACAUGGCCGCAUAUGGAAUGGCUAGAAGCGUCGCAAUCGCGUUGCGUUUUUCGAAGAUAAAGCUGCACCAAAAACUAUGCAGUUUUUCGCUUUUUCUGCUUUCUAGAAACAGGAUUCAUAAGCAGUUUUGAGGUUUGAGGGCUCAAAAGGACAUGGUCGCAUUUGGAAUGGCUAUAAGCGUCGCGGUCGCGUUGCGUUUUUUGAAGACACAGCUAUACCAAAAACUAUGCAUCUUUCGCCUUUUCUGCUUUCUGGGAUAGGGAUUUAUAAGUGGUUUCGAGAUUCGAGGGCUCAAAAUUACGUGGCAGCAUUUGGAAUGGUUAGGAGCGUCGCGGUCGCGUUGCGUUUUUUUUUCUGAAGAUUUCAACCUGUUUAAAGCCAAACCGAAUUUCACGUAGCUAGACCAAGAUAAUUUGGAGAUAAGGGGGUAAAUGAAGGAAUUCGAAAUAGUUUGGAAUGGCUAGGAGCGUCGCGGUCGCGUUGCGUCCAGCUCUGAAGAUUGCAGUCUUUUCGAACCGGUCAAAUUUCAGUCCGAACUGCUCGAAGUCGAGUCAGCCAUGGUUCAAGUCACGCCAAGCACCACCACAUCUCAUACGCAGUACACCAACGACGGAAACACGGUCGAGCAGCUCAGCCAGACUGAAAUUGUGUCGGUUCGCAGCAGGGCUAGCCAGGUUAGUCAUUCAUCAGCUUUUCAAACUUUCCCUCGUUUUUUAAUAGUCUCUAGUUAAUCUUCAUCCUUUUUUCAAGCCAUUGUUGACUUCACAGGGCGUCAGCGCGACCCAACCGACGUCGGACGCCGCCUCUAGUUCUGUCUCCGAAAUGAAGAGUUCGGAUGCGCAGGCCGAAGCUGAGCUAGCCCACAUGGCUGUCCAACAGGAGGAGAUCGAGUUCAUGGAGAGUGGCGUCGACCCCAUGCCCAACUUCCUUGUCAGCCAGGGAACUCAGAAUGAGCAAGUCGAGCUGGUGGACAGGUCCGGCAGUCCGAUCCUCAUCAAGUUCCACGAAGUCGGAGUCGGCAUCGAAGUCACGACAUCCGAUGCAGCCGUUCAGAAGGUGGUCCAGCUCAGGGAAAUGUCCGUUGGAGGGCAGGUCUUCAUCCAGACUUCUGACGCUGCGAUUCAAGAAAAAGCCAUUCUGAGAGACUUUGGCGUGACUGCGAAGGUCAAGCCGGACAGCUCUGAAGUCGCCGUUCAGGGAAAAGUAGACACUGCCAACGUGGCUACCCAAGAAAUGAUCGACCUUCGGGACAUCGGCGUCGCUGUGGAGAUCAAACCUCCCAUGUCAGAUGCGGCUGUUCAGGGUAGAAUCGAAACAUCUAACACGGCUGUCGACGCAGAAGUAGUCGUGCCGAGAUCCAGUACGGCUGUUCAAGGAAUUUCGGACCUCCGAGACAUCGGCGUGACUGCGGAAAUCAAGCCGCCCUCUUCUGAAGUUUCUAUUCAACAUAACGUUGAACUUCGGGAAAUGUCUGCCCAGAUCUUCAUUUUGACAUCGGACGCUGCUAUCCAAGAAAAGGCAGAUCUGAGGGAUUUCGGCGUGACUGCGGAAGUCAAGCCAGAAAGCUUUGAAGUGGCUAUCCAAGAAACAGCAGAAGUUAGAGAUAUGAGCGUCACUGCGGAGAUCAAGCUUCCUAAUUCUGAAGUAGCUAUUCAAGAACGAGCUGAUCAAAGGGACAUCAGCGUGACUGCGGAGAUGAAGCCGCUCAGCUCUGACGUAGCUAUCCAAGAAAAUGUCGACCUGAGAAGCAUUGGAACUUUGGCGGAAGUAAAGCCAUCUAGUUCCGAUUUCGCACUUCAGAAAGAAGUAGAAAGCACCAACAAGGCUGUCAACACGCAACAAGCCAAUCCAACGUCCAGCACGGCUGUUGACGCCGAUCAACCGUUACAAACGGUAAACUCAGCCGUUCAACCUAAUAUUGAGCUCAAUGAUAUGGCUUCGGAUGCCGAGGUCAUUUCCAUGAGAGAUUCUUCCGUUCAGUGGGAGAAGAACACCCAGGACAUCGGACUAUCCCCCGUUUUAUUCGUUACGGAAGCUGUCGAUGCGGCACUGUCUCCAAUACCCACAGAAACUGUCGAUUCCGCCGUCGACCCAGAAUAUCUCGGCGUCGAGGUCGCCGUUCAAGAAUCGAUUGAUUCCGUGACGACGGCGUCCGACGCGUUCAACGUGGACAGCGUCGAGAGCGCGACGCAAGCCGAGUGUCCUGAAAUGAGGGACACCGCGUCGGACGCCGUCGUUGUCGAGACAUCGGACUUCUCCUGCGGCGUCGCCUACAGUGUGACUCACACGGCCGUGCCGACGGAAGACGACGAGGAAGAUCGACGAGAGGAUGAUCUCGGCGUGCAACUGUGGAGCGACUUUGACUACAUCGGCGAGCUGGGUCUCAACGAGCCGGAUAUCGAGACGGCCGACUUUUCGGUUCAGAUCCGACCUCAAAUGGCUGAUUUUGAAACGCAGACGGUCAAGUUGAAGAAGACUUCAGAAGGGUUAGAGUUGGUCGAAACGGCUGAUUCUGAAGUGCAAGUGGAGCUGGAGAAUGAUGAAGAUCAGCAGGAUCUUCGGAAAAAGAAGGAACGUACUUUGGAUGUUCCAGUACAAAUUGACGUCAAGAUGCAAGCACAGCCGUCUACGACGGAGAGCACUUCUCAAACCGUUAAGAAGGAGAAAAAGAAGCCUGAAACAACUGACCAAGACGUUCAAGUCAAUACCACUUCAGCGGUGGAUCAAACCGACUCUUCGAUGCAAGCUGAGCCUUCAACUGCAGAAGGCGCCUCUCAAACCGUCAAGCUCAAAAAGAAGAAGAUCGAAGUGAUGAAGGCGGAUUGCGAUGUCCAAGCUGGUGCUGAACAAACCGAUCACAACGUGCAAGCCCGACCUGAAACCACCAAUAUGACGGUCCAAGCGGUACCCGAAGUAUGCGACGAGAGCGUCGGAUUCGAGCGGGAAGACCACGACGACUGGCUCCAGGUUAGCAGUGCUCCGCAUGAUUUCUGCACUGCACCUAAAGGCACUCUUCUGGCGGUAUGGCUUCACGGGGGCAUGGCUUCUUGGAUUGCAUAUGCACUUCUAGGAUUUGAGCUUUUGAUUUUAUAAUGAAUCACGCUUUUCUCGUUGGUAUGAGCUAAGGGAGCAUGUCUUCAGUGAUUAGAUUUUUGCUUUUUUGAGGAAAAUCACUUUAUUUUCUUUUUCACAGAACACAUCCAUAUUCGGCAUGCUUACUGCACAAAAAAAAAUCAAAAUCUCUUCAAAUUUCAACUUUUUCGGCUUUUCUAAGGUUUCUGAGCAAGAAUUUGAACUAUCUACACUAUUUUGCAUGGCUCAAACACUGAGAUUUUCAAAAAAUCUCCAAAAUUUCUGAAUAAAGCGCCUUUUUUCAAGCUGGAAUGUUCCAAAAUGAAAAUAAACAGUUGUAACGGAAUCCUCAAGCUUCUACAGACUUUGCGAAGUUUCCUAUAAGCUUCUUCAGCAUGGAUAUAUCUUCCAGAAAAUUUUGACCAUCUCAAGGUUUUUCAAAAGCACUGCUCAAUUUCAGCACGUUUCAAUAUCAAAAAAAGACAAGAAACUUGGAUUUUUCAGGUUUAUGUACAAGAGCUGGACCAUGAGCGCCGGUUACGCAUGCUCGACAUUGGAAUACAGGUUUUUGAGCUUGUCAAAACCAUGAAAAUCGCUUCAAAAUCAAUUUUCAGACUGGCGUUCUUGCUCGUGUACAACAUUUGUACACCAGAAGGCCAGAAGAUUCAGAUGAAGCGGUAUUUUUUUCCAUUUUACAGGAAAGAAAGUCGAUUUUUAGGGACCAACAUCGCCGGCCCCAGUCAUGCUGAGGAAGUCGUCAGAGUCUUCAGAAUUUUUGACGUCGUCGCGGUCGCAUAACAGGUCGGAAAAGGGGUCACUUAAGUGGAAAUUAUGGUAAAAAUGACGACUAGAAAGAUGCCACUUAAAGGAAGAACGCAAUCAAUAAAUUAAUUAGAAAGAGGUCACUCAAGUGGUGGAAAAGGGCAGUUUCUAGGAUGUUACUUUGUUAGAGAUAAGGGGUCACUUAAGGGAUGGAAAACUGCAGUUUCUGGAAUAUUACUUUGCUGGAUAUAAGGGGUCACUUAAGGGAAAAACUCUCGUGAUAAGUCAAUUGGAAAGAGGUAACUUAAGUGGUGGGAAAAGAGAAGACUCCAGAAUGAAACUUUGUUAGAGAUAAGAGGUCACUAUAGGGAAGAACUCCAUCGAUUAAAAAGAGGUCACUAAAUUGAUGGAAAAGAGGCCGUUUCGAGAUGAUUACUUUGUGAGAGAUAAGGGGUCACUAAAGUGAAAUUCUCUCUCGGUAAAUUAAAUGGUAAGGGGUCAUUCAAGUGGUGGAAAAGUGCAGUUUCUGAAAUAUUACUUUGCUGGAUAUAAGGGGUCACUUAAGGGAAAAACUCUCUUGAUAAGUCAAUUGGAAAGAGGUCACUCAAGUGGUGGAAAAAGGGCAGUCUCUAGGAUAUUACUUUGUUAGAGAUAAGAGGUCACUUAAGGGAGAAACUCCAUUGUUAAAUCAAUUGGAAAGAGGUCACUUAAGUGGUGGAAAAAGGGGCAGUUUCUUGGUUUUUUUUUUAGAGAUAAGCUGGGAAGAGGUCACUAGGGUGGAUUCAAUUUAUAUCUGUCAUAUAUUUUAGAGAUCACUUCAGUGACAAACUUUCUCUCUCGAAAGUUUGAAAUAUCAAUCAGAAAGAGGUCAUUUAAGGGAUGAGGGAUGAACAGUCUUCAUGCUAUAAUUGUUGUCAGAGAUCAUGAUCACUUAAGUGACUGAUUUUUAGAAGUACAAAGGUCUCUUAAGGGAUUAAUAUUAUACUUUGAAAAUGUCAAAAAAACAAUUUUCUCAUAAAAAAAUUCCGAUUUCUGCCUCUUUUUUUGAAAAAUAUCCAUUCAGAAGCGACGAAUCCCUGGCGCGAACCGGAUCGGUAAUGUCGAUGGCCGAGUCGGUCGAUGAGAGGGGCAGUCCGUUCGCCUCCAAGAACCCGUCGAGACAGUCGUCGUUGAAGAAAAAGAUAUCCAGAGAGGUUGAACGGAGCACGGAGCGUUCCCAGGCUGUUCGUUCUUUUUUUUUCGGAAAAUUGGAUCCCUGGAUCAAACCUGAGAUGCACAAUUCAGAGUUAGAAGUCGAAAAAGUCGGCUGGAAAAGCCAAAAAGAGCAUAUUUUCGAAUUUUUUGAGCUUCAAAAUGUUCAAAAUGAUUUUUUCUCAAGCAUCAGAAGUCAAUAGGGUUUUUCGAGCUUCUUCCUUUCGUUUCAGGAUUUAGGAACCUUGAUACCUUCCUGUAUUAGUUUCAACAAAAAUAAUCGAAACUGUAAGGUUUGAGAGAAGCUUCAAAGGUUUUUAAGAUCAGUCAGACUUCUUCAAGGCUUCAAAAAGCUUCUUGCCUUUCUUUACAAACAAAAAAUCGUCAAAUAGUAGCAAAAAUCGCAAUCCGCCUUCAGAUGACGGAUCUUCGUGCACGAUUCGAACGCGGCUCGGUCACACCAACGGAAUCUCGAGAAAACCUCCGCAAGACCCCCAAAGUUGAACGUCAGAACUCUUCGGAUUAA